GUGCAGUUACAGGUGCAUCCGAACCUGUCGGCUAAUGAAGAUGCUCUGCAGCACAUCGAGGAGCUCAUACUCCAGCUGCUCAACAUGCUGUGUGUCAGUCAGCCCAGAACCGUCCCCGACGUGGAGGAGCGCAUCCAGAAGACGUUCCUACCCCUAGAUAAGUGGGCCAUGGCCGAUGCUCAGUCAGCUAUAGAGAAGCGCAAGCGCAGGAACCCUCUUCUACUUCCUGUGGACAAGAUCCACCCUUUACUGAAGGAGGUGUUGGGUUAUAAGAUCGACUACCACGUGUCUCUCUACAUCGUGGCCGUGUUGGAGUACAUCUCAGCCGACAUCCUCAAACUGGCCGGGAAUUACGUGGGAAACAUCCGGCACUUUGAGAUCAGCCAGCAGGAUAUAAAAGUCUCCAUGUGUGCAGAUAAGGUGCUGAUGGACAUGUUUGAUCAGGAGGAGGUGGGUUUGGUGUCUCAGUGUGCGGAGGGAGACUCGACCACAGGUGAGCUCACCUACGAUGACCUGGUGCGGUUGGAGAUGGCGGAGGAACGGCAGUACCUGCGCGAGCUGGACCUCAUCAUUAAAGUGUUCCGCAGAGCGUUCCUGUCCAGCAGCAAACUCUUCACCCCACAGGACGUGGAGCUGGUGUUCAGUAAUAUUCUGGAGGUUCAUGAGCUGACGGUGAAGUUGUUGGGUCUGAUUGAAGACGCGGUGGAGAUGACAGAAGACGGGAGUCCUCACCCUCUGGUGGGCAGCUGCUUCGAAGACCUUGCUGAGGAACAAGCCUUUGACCCCUACGAGACUCUUUCCCAGGACAUUCUUUCCAAAGAGUUCCACGAUCACUUCAGUAACCUCAUGUCCCGCCCCACUGUGGCUCUGCACUUCCAGUCGAUUGCUGAGGGUUUUAAGGAGGCCGUGCAGUAUGUUCUUCCCCAGCUGAUGAUGAUUCCUGUUUAUCACUGCAUGCACUACUUUGAACUGCUGCAGCAACUGCAGGAGCGGAGUAAAGACCAUGAUGACCGUGAGCAUCUGAAACAGGCUCAGACGGCUCUGCUGAACCUGCAGAGCAGCAUCGAGCGCAUCUACAGCAAACACCAGCCCCGCCGCAAACAGGGCGAGCCUCUGUAUCGUCUGUACAGCCGGCCGGUUCGCAGUAAACACCUGGCCAUAAAGCGGAUGAAUGAGAUCCAGAGGAGCAUUGACGGCUGGGAAGGCAGAGACAUCGGUCAGUGCUGCAGCCAGUUCAUCCUGGAGGGGCCGCUAGUACGCGCUGGCGCCAAGCACGAACGCCACAACUUCCUGUUUGAUGGCCUUAUGAUCAGCUGCAAGGCCAGUCAGAGCUCUCGACUCCCGGGGGCAGAGUUCCGUCUGAAGGAGAAGUUUGUGCUGCGUAAGUACCGUGUGGUGGACCGCGAGGACUCGCCGGAGCUGCGCUUCACCUUCGAGCUGGUGGGGCGUGAGGAGGGCGGGGUCGUGUUCUGCGCGCGCUCGGUCGAGGAGAAGAACGCCUGGAUGGCGGCGCUCAUGAUGCUGCAGUGUCGCUGUACUCUGGAGCGCAUGCUGGACGCCGAGCUGCAAAAGGAGGAGCAGGAGCAGCCGCUGCGUCUGCCGUCUCCCGACGUGUACCGCUUCACCGUGCGCGACUCGGAGGAGAACAUCGUGUUCGAGGAGCGCAUGCAGAGCAAAACCGGCAUCCCCAUCAUCAAAGCAGGAACUGUGGACAAGCUGAUCGAGAGACUCACCUACCACAUGUACGCAGAUCCGAAUUUUGUGCGCACUUUCUUGACUACGUAUCGUUCCUUCUGCAAACCACAGGACCUCCUCACACUGCUUAUCGAACGGUUUGAGAUUCCUGAGCCUGAGCAGUCGGAGGCGGAGCUUGAGUCAAUGUGGAAUGGGGAUCAGCCAAUGGCGGCCGAGCUGCAGAGAUUCCGCAGAGAAUACGUGCAACCUGUCCAGCUCAGGGUUCUAAAUGUGUUCCGUCAGUGGGUGGAGCAUCAUUUCUACGACUUUGAGAAUGAUCCCGAACUACGCACCAGACUGGAGGACUACAUCACCAACCCAAUGCAGCUCAGAGGAAAGUCCAUGCGUAAGUGGGUGGAGUCAAUCAAUAAGAUCAUUAAGCGUAAGAUGCAGACGCAGCCAAAUGGCAUCAGUCACAACAUCACCUUCGAGACGCCGCUCCCUCCCAUCGAGUGGCACACCAGCCGGCCUGGCCAGGUCGACACCUUUGACCUCAUGACCCUUCACCCCAUUGAGAUCGCACGCCAGCUCACGCUGCUGGAGUCUGACCUGUACAGGGCCGUGCGUCCGUCCGAGUUAGUGGGCAGUGUGUGGACUAAAGAGGAUAAAGAGAAGAACUCUCCCAACCUGCUGAGGAUGAUCCGACACACCACCAACCUCACACUCUGGUUCGAGAAGUGUGUGGUGGAGGCGGAGAACGUGGAGGAGCGGGUGGCGGUGAUGAUGAGGAUAAUCGAGAUCCUGCAGGUUUUCCAGGAGCUCAACAACUUUAACGGGGUUUUAGAGAUCGUUAGCGCCAUCAACUCUGUACCUGUGUACCGCCUGGAGCACACCUUUGAGGCGGUGCCGGAGAGGAAGAAGAAGGUUCUGGAGGAGGCGGUGGAGCUCAGUCAGGAUCAUUUUAAAAAGUACCUGGCCAAACUCAAAUCCAUCAACCCGCCCUGCGUGCCCUUCUUCGGUAUCUACCUGACUAACAUCCUGAAAACAGAGGAGGGGAAUCCGGACUUCCUGAAGCGUCACGGUAAAGAGCUGAUCAACUUCAGCAAGAGACGCAAAGUGGCCGAGAUCACUGGCGAGAUCCAGCAGUACCAGAACCAACCGUACUGUCUGCGGGUCGAACACGAUAUCCGGAGAUUCUUUGAGAACCUGAACCCCAUGGGCAGUAUGAGUGAGAAGGAGUUCACUGAUUAUCUGUUUAACAAAUCUCUGGAGAUCGAGCCGCGCAACGUCAAACAGCCUCCACGAUUCCCCAGGAAGACAUCGUACCCUCUGAAGUCCCCGGGGGUGCGUCCGGUGAGACAGGUGGGGGUCGGGGGUGGGAUUCGGGGUCACCCCGCGCCAUUAGAACGUGACCCUCUGCCCAAAAUCACCUUCAGGAGCAUCGCUGAGACCGAGACGGAGAGCAUGACCUCCCUGCCCACUUCCCCCAACACGCCAACCCAGACGCCCCCACCCUCCGCCUGCUCCGACCUCAACUCCGUCUUCAUGGAGCACGAUGCCUGCGGUAACAGUGUUUUUGCUCCUGUCCUGCUGCCUCCCUCCAAGUUUCAUUCAGUGUCCUGUGGCAGUCUGCAUCAGCUGGGUGAAGAGCUUCUGAAACCUCCCCCACUUCCUCCACGCAGGAAGGACGGUUCCUCAGAGAACAAGUUGAGUUCCAGAUCGGACAGUCCACCGGCGAUCCCUCCUCGGCUGAGAACUCCUCUUCCUCUCCCUUCUCUUCCUCGUUUCGGGCGUGGAAUGAGUGAGCAAACGGACGGUUCUUCAAGCCCCCCGCCCCCUCCGCCCCCCCGCGACCCCAUCCCAGAUGCGAUGCCCCCCGUACCUCAGCGUCCCCCUGAGAGCUUCAUCAACUGCCCAAUGAACCCUGCCGUGUCUCCGGUGGGACGCAUUCACUGGGACUACUGCAGCUCGCCCUCGUCCCCCUGCACCCCCCCGAGCACGCCCUCCCCUCGUCUCCCGCUGCCCACCCCGGGCACCCCCUCCCCCCGCGUUCCCCGCCGCAUCUGCCCCUCCCCUGGCCCCUCGGCGCCUAACCUGUGCCACCUGCCCCCUCCUAUUCCACCCAGACACAACUCCACGCCCCCCACCCUGCCCAAACUGCCCCCAAAGACUUACAAGCGAGAGCUCUCUCACCCCACACACUCACUCUCACAUACACUCUCCCCCCCCUCCAUACACACUCUGUCAGACAGCAGCCAGUGAGCACCAGCCUUCACAUCACUCUUGGGUCCAGAAGCGGUGGAGCUAUUCUGCUAUCCUGGUAUUAACGAGAGAGCUUUUUAACCCCUUUGUGAUUGGGUGGACAGUAACUGAAGCUCCGCCCACUCUGGCCCAGGGACAGUUGCCUAAUUAUGUGUGGGGUGUGUGUGUAUAAACACGUUUGUAAACACUGUUCACUAACCAAGCCCAUUUUUAUAACAAACACACCUCUCGGAGCUCGCUGUCCGGGGCGGCGCUGAUGUCACAGGGAGCCUGGACAGUGAUUGGACGUCAGAGACGUGGGACUCUCGCUGAUGUUCUUCACCACGGCCAAAGUCUUAACAGUGUACUCGGGGAGGUCAGAGGUCAAAGGUGACCGACCCCUGUACAAGCCUCUUACGCUGCCUUUUACUUUACUUACAGCCAUGACCUUUGACCUGAGACUGUGACAGCCAUGACCUUUUUACCUUUUGCUCGGAGCAGCAGAUCGGCUCGGAGCGUGGCAUGGCUGAACCGCGCCUUUAUUUAAAGCCAUUACAUUACCGGGCCGAGACCACGUCUUAACUGCACAUUUCCCAUAAUGCAACUCUUCAGUGAUUGAUGUGAAUAUGAACGCAUUGUGAGGAGGCGGAGCUUGUUCUCACGGCCCGAUGAUGAUGAUGACAUCAGACGUGCCUUUUACACUGUUACCGAACAAAAGUGACUUUAUAAAGCCUUCGCCGUGCUCAGAACAAAGUGUACACUACGGCUAAGUGUGUGUGUGUGUGUGUGUGUGUGUGUGUGUGUGUGUGUGUGUGUGUGUGUGUUGUGUACAGUAUUCUUUCUGCUCUCGUGUCGUCACUCAGCGCUACACAAACCCAAAAACACAACACGCCUUAAUAACACACUCGCUGACAAUCGUAGCGUUAGCCGCAAUGUUCUUUCUCUCUCUCUCUCUCUAUAUAUAUAUAUAUAUAUAUGUGUGUGUGUGUGUAUGUAUGUGUGUGUGUGUGUGUGUAUAUAUAUAU